AUGUCUGAAACGAUCCACCACAAACCAAGCAAUAAGACCAUCGAUGUUCGUGCUCCUGUGGCAGAUAUCAAUAAUCUUCGGAAACUUAAUGAUUUCUACUGGACAGACAAGAAAGAACCACACACGUAUCGACGCAAAGAAAUCCUCCGCCGUCACCCUGAGGUAUCGAAGCUCACUGGCCAUGAACCACUCACCAAAUAUAUCAUCUUCUGUGUCGUGUCUCUACAAUUUUUUUGUGCUUAUUCAUUGAGAAACACCCCAGUGUUCAGUUUUAAAUUUCUUUCUAUUGCUUACUUGAUCGGGGCCACUGCAAACCAGAAUUGCUUCCUUGCAAUCCAUGAAAUGUCUCAUAAUUUGGCAUUCAAAGAGCCUUUGCAUAACCAACUCUAUUCGAUUGUUGCCAACUUGCCAAUCGGUAUUCCAUAUUCGGCAAGUUUCAAGCCUUAUCAUCAAUUACAUCACAAGUUUUUGGGAGAUGUGCAAUUUGAUACUGAUUUGCCAACACGAUUUGAAGCAAUCUUUUUAUCCAACAUCUUUGGGAAGGCGUUUUUUGCCACCUUUCAACUUUUCUUUUACGCCUUGAGACCAAUGUUCAUUACUAGUGUCAAAUUCACUAUAGUACAUUUCCUUAAUGUCUUGGUACAGGUACUUGUAGAUUAUGUCAUGGUGGAGCAAUGGGGUGUUAACUCAUUAUACUACUUUCUUAUCAGCUCAUUUCUUGCUGGCUCAUUGCACCCUUGUGCAGGUCACUUCAUCUCUGAGCAUUAUAUUUUGAACCCUCCUACCAGUCAAGAAUAUAUUCAGUCCAAAUCAUUAUAUAUCAAUACUGUGAUGGAAAAUGAAACCGUUCCUCCUCCAGAAACUUACUCUUAUUAUGGGAUUUUAAAUUUCUUUACUUGGAAUGUGGGGUUGCACAACGAGCAUCAUGAUUUUCCUUACGUUGCAUGGUCGAAGUUAUUUAAACUUAAUGAGAUUGCCAAUGAGUUUUAUGAGCCAUUACCAAAGACCAAGAGCUGGGCAUAUACUAUUGUGGAUUUCGUGUGCAACAAGGAUAUUACUUUGUGGAAUAGAGUGAAAAGAGACUUGGCGGAUGCAAAGGCCAAGGAGAAAGUUGAUUUGAACGUUAAUUAG